ACGUCUGUAACGUGCGACACAGCCAGUAGAAGAAAACACGCGUGUUUGGCGGUGCCGCUGAAGUCCAGUUCGGGCUCCAUUUAAACUGUGUGAUGGGGGACACGAGCCGGCUGUGCUCCGUGUGGCUGGGCUCGGAGACCGGGAUCCUGAAGGGGGUCAGUCUGUCCCGGAAACAGGCUUUCAAUUUCUGCAACACGAGCCACCUGAGCCGGGACCAGGAGGUCCGGGCCCUGUGCUGGGGGGACCCGGCGGAGAGCGAACUGCUGCUGGGCUCCGUGGACGGGACCGUGAAGACCUUCAGCAUCGAGAAGGGGGCCUUCACCGAGUCGCGGCGCUGCGGGGAGCCGGCGGAGGGCUGCUUCACCGGGCUGGCCGCGCUCAGCAGCUCCGCGCUGGUCACCUGCGUGGAGUGCGGGACGCUGCGGGUGUGGGCGGAGGACCGCAGCGAGCCCGUGACGGAGCUGAAUGCGGGGAAGAACGUGUGCAGGAUGCGGCAGAAUCCGGCGCACCCGCACAAAGUAGCGACCGGAGGGAAGGAGAACGGGCUGAAGAUCUGGGACCUGCAGAAACCUGAAGAGCCGGUGUUCAACGCGAAGAACCUGCGGGACGACUGGCUGGAUCUACGGCGGCCGCACUGGGUCAGAGACAUGGCCUUCAUCCCGGACUCUGACAAAGUGGUCACGUGCACAGGUUACCAUCAGGUCCACGUGUUCGACCCCUCCUCCCCUCAGCGGCGUCCCGUCCUGGAGGUGGCGUACGGCGAGCACCCGCUCACCGCUCUGUCCCUGACCGCCGGCGGUGACACGGUGGUGGUGGGGAACACCCACGGACAGAUCGCCCUGCUGGACCUGAGGAAGGGGGUGGUCCGUGGUGUUCUGAAGGGGCUGUCUGGGGGGGUGCGGGCGCUGCAGUGCCACCCCUCCCAGCCUGUGGUGGCGUCCUGCGGCCUGGACCGCUUCCUCCGCAUCCACAGCCUGGAGGAGCGCAACGUGGAGCACAAAGUCUACCUCAAGUCCCGACUCAACUGCCUCCUGCUCUCCAGCAAAGACCUGGGGGACAAAUGUGGGGAGACGGGGGAGGGAGGGGCUCCGGAGGUGAAAGAGGAAGAUGAUGGUGACGACGAGGUGUGGGAGAACAUGGAGCGCGUGGAGGAGACGGCACAGAAGAGAAAAACAGCCGAGGAAGGAGGAGAAGAGACGCUGAAGAAGAAGAAGAGCAAGAAGAAGAAAAAAGUCUGAGGGGCGUUUGGGGGCGUGAUCAGAGUGUGGAACGUUUGAAUGACGUCAAAAACGAACGCAACAAAAGUUUGUUUAUUGAUGUGAGACUAUUCCGUCUCUACAAAUGUAUUUUGUAAUAUUUGGUCAGCAGACUGAGAGCUUUAUUAAACUUUAUAAAUGUUUAAA